AUGAGGGAGGUGGUGACGGUGCAGGUCGGCGGCUUCGCGAACUUCGUCGGCUCCCACUUCUGGAACUUCCAGGAUGAGCUGCUCGGGCUCGCCGACGACCCCGGCGCCGACCCGGUAUUCAGCACCGCCGCGCUGGACAUGGACGUCCUGUACCGCGCCGGCGAGACACAGCAGGGCGUUGCCACCUACUGCCCUCGCUUGGUGUCAGUAGGCUCUCGAGGGUCUCUUGGCUCGUUAAGUUCCUCUGGUACUCUAGGUUCGAGCAGUGCUGCUGCAGAUCAGCCCAACAUCUUCACAUGGUCCGGAAAUGUAACAAAAUCAGUAGCAAAACCUCAUGAGCGGAAUUUGUUCCUACAAAGUUUAUCUGAAGAAGAACAGAACCCAAGCUCUAGCAAUGGCCGAAACAAUGCCAGAGAAAAUAUUGAAGAUAAGGACCUGAUUGAAAGUCUAGAGAAUGGAGUCAAUUUUUGGACUGAUUAUUCAAAAGUUCAGUAUCACCCUCAGAGCUUGUGUGAGUUGUAUGGAUCAUGGACAGACUUUGACAAGUUUGAUAACUAUGGGACUGCAAAGGAGGUGGUUUCAGAAUGGUCUCAAAUGGAGGAGAUGAAUGAGAGGCUAAGGUUCUUUGUUGAAGAAUGCGACCAUAUCCAGGGCAUCCAGUUUCUUGUGGAUGAUUCUGGAGGCUUUGCCAGUGUAGCUGCACAGUUUUUGGAGAGUAUUGCUGAUGAUUACACAAAUACCCCUGUAAUGCUAUAUUGUGUGCGGAAUCCAGACUCCUAUGGGUCUUCCAGAAAUCAGCGCGAAACCAUCAUAAGAUCUUUGCAUGAUGCUGUGUCAUUGUCGAAACUUUCAUACUCCUGCAAUCUGAUGGUACCAGUAGGACUGCCUUCUCUAAGUUACUUGUCACCUUUGCUUUCUAUAAAAGAUGAGAGACACUUCCACUCCAGUGCCAUUUGUGCAGCAGCAAUACAUUCAUUAUCUGUUCCGUUUAGGCUACUUACACAUAGAAAAGAUCUGAGGAACAUACAGAGGAGCUUGCAUUCUCUGACUCCUGAAAUCAGCGAUGAGGAUGAAGAUCCUUAUGCUGUUGAAUCUUUGGUGGUUCAUGGAGCUCUAGAUGCAGGCGGGAAAAGAGCUUCCAUAUCUCAGGUGAAGGACUCCGUCUGUUCUGCUCUGGAAGGCAGGGCGACAAAACCAAAGUUUUCCCACCUCUCACUAUCGCUGUGCCCCCUCCCAAUCCCACUCCCAUUCCCGUCGAUCUUCAGCAGCAGCGUAGGCCAGCAGGGCGAGAUCCUCAGCAACAGCCACCCAGAAGGAACCUGGCCAAAGGGUUCGCUCGAUGUCGUCUCAGUGCCGAUGGCAGCACGCCUGAGGUCGAGCAGCGCCAUAGUGCCCUUCAUUGAGAGGAGGUCGACGAGCCUCCAGAGGCUCGGCGUCGCCAGGGGUUCACUGGGCUCGCAGGUCCUCCGUGACUGGGGCUUCGGGAAGGAGGAGGUCGAGGACAUGGGCGAGCACCUGGCGAAGAUGCUGCGCCCGUUUUACCCCGAAAUGGAUCUGACGUCGGAUUCUGAUGACUAG